UGCUCUGCAGAAAAGAAGAAUAUACAGGAGCGCUUUUACCAAAUGCGAACCCCCAUGUGGGCUUGAAUUGUUUUGACUGCAAAUGACCUUAUCAUGAUUAAUGACGUAGUCACUUGUCAAAAAACAUUUUUUAGAACGUACACCGUAUUAUCUGAAAAUAUUGACGUCAAUGUAUGACUUCGAAUGAUCGCAGUAAACAUAACGAAUUCAUUUCGUUUGAAACUAAUUAAGUAAGCUAUACAUUUAUAAGGUGAAACAUAUGCUGAGUAACUCAUUGUACUUCAUCCUUAUGCGAGCCAACAGGGACACCACUACGCCAAAUUCAACUCUGUAAACCCGGAGAACAAGUCGAAUGAUGAAGAUGAACCUGUUCUACAUUCUCGCUCUUAAUUUGGCAUUAGGGCGAGCACUUCCAGACGACGGCAAGGACUUUGAACUACAGAGGGUUUUUAGAGACCAUUUAAUUCGUUCUAUACCACUGGAAGAUUUUUCGUUAUAUUUUAAACAGUAUAAACUAUUUCAGUUCCCAUUUUAUUUCACAAGUGGCAGCUUCUUUCUUGCUGGCAACAACAGAGAACUGGUUGGGAACUGCAGCACCACGGUUACAGAAAACGAAGACGUGUCGUUUUAUUGUGACUUCGACCUCUCAAGAAGCCUCGCGUUAUAUGCCGUUGAGAAGAAAAAUAGGAUUUGGAAGUCACAGUACUUCAUUGCUGAUGCCAACGUCACAAGAGGUAGUCUACAUGCAUUGGUACGGCUCAACUCGCCUAGUAAUGCCUAUCAAGGAGAAGUUGCUUGCACUGUGAAUGUGAGUGAACUGGGCCUAAUGAUCAGGCCAUCACGAGUGUCCUAUUUCGAAAAGGCUCGAAGAAAAUUUGAGGAAUACGCUAAGGGAAAUGUCACAGCGAAAAUUCAGAAAGCAUUGAAAAAGUCUUGCGAGCUGUCUGCCAGUCGCUUUAAGGAACUCUGGCGAAAUAAGACACACAUGAGCUCAACUGACGCGCCGCAUGUUACUACAACACGCGAAGUAAAAGAAGAAACUUCAACUGGUGCAGAUGUUACUGUAACACGCGAAGUACCAAACAAAAAUUCGACCAGUAGUUCUCAAACAGAAGAAACUUCAACUGGUGCCGACGUUACUACAACACGUGAAGUAUCAAUCAAAAAUGCAACCAGUAGUUCUCAAACAAAAAAACCUUCAAAUGGUGUGGAUGUUACUGAAACUCGCGAAUUAUCAACCGAAAAUGUGGCCAGUAGCUUUCAAACAGAAGAAACUUCAACUAGUGCGGAUACUACUACAACACGCGAAGUAUCAACCAUAAAUGUAGCCAGAAGUUCUCAAACAGACAAAGCUUCGACUGUUGCCGAUGUUACUAAAACACGCGAAUUAUCAACAAGAAAUGAGACAAGUAGUUCGCAAACGGAACAAACUUUAACUGGUGCGGAUGCUACUACAACACGCGAACCAUCAACCAAAACUGCGACUAGUAGUUCUUCAAGAGAAGAAACUUCAACUGAUGCAGAUUUAAUUACAACCCGCGAAGUAUCAACUAAAAUUGUGACCAGUAGUUCUCAAAGAGAAAACACUUCAACUGGUGCGGAUGUUACUAAAACAAGCGAAGUAUCCACCAAAAAUGAUACCAAUAGUGUUCAAGCAGAAAAACCUUCAACUUGUGCGGAUAUUACUACAACACACGAGAUAUCAAAUGAACAUGCGACCACUAGUUCUCAUACAGAAGAAACUUCAACUGGUGCAGAUGUUACUACAACACGCGAAGUAUCAACCGAAAAUGCGACCAGUAGUUCUCAAGCAGAAAAACCUUCUACUCUCGUGGAUGUUACUGCAACACGUGAAGUAUCAAACAAAAAUUCAAGCAGUAGUUCUCAAAGAGAAGAAACUUCAACUGGUGCAGAUGUUACUACAACACGCGAAGUAUCAACCAGAAAUGUGACCAGUAGUUCUCAAACAGAAAAAACUUCAGCUGGUGUGCUCAGCACAGCGCAAAUAGUCAACAACACUGCGAUGCGCACCACUCCAGCAGCCGAAGAUAAAGGCAUGACCCCUUCAAAACAAAUAAAUUACUGUUAAUAUGGCGACAACUUUAUAUGUAAUAUAAGGCUAUCUGGCCUCUCGGCACCAACGUCAGUGUUUGCGAAGAAACGUUUUAGCUAACGAGAGCUGAAAUUUUCAAAUCACUUUGUUUCUCUCAUGAAUAAAUAUUGUGCUAUAUUGCUUUUUGAAUCACAAUUUUACUCCGGACGACUGAACAUACAAAAUGAGCAAAACGGCAACAAGCUGUCAGUGCGGGAAA